AAAAAGAAUUUCUACAGAAUAAAGUUUAGAGAGAUAAAAUAUCUUGUGAAAUACCCGCAGCACUGUUUUGUUGGAACAAGUAACUUCAAUUGAUACAUAAUAUUACAUUUCGUACAGUUCAAAAUGUUUCACUGGGGGACACUUGUCAUAUUUGGAUGUUUAAUUCACGUUUCUUCACUUGAAGAACCAAUUCACAGCAAAUGUGGAGAAGAUUACAACAUCCUGAAAAAGUUGAUCGAACUUGAGGAAGAAGUUAAAAACCUUAAGACUAACCUAAAGGAACAUAGAAGCGCUAAUGAAAAAUGCAAGAAUGUAGCAUUUCGAGCCCAACUGACAAAGAGCCUUGGCACUGUUACUCUUGGACAAAAGAUUGUUUAUGACAGUGUUGAACUUAACAAUGGUAAAGCGUUCCAUCCAUUCCAUGGCGUGUUUACGGCUCCGUGUGAUGGGAUAUACCUGUUUUCAAUCACGAUCGGGAAUGCAGGUAAAUGGGGAGUGAUUCAUCUGAAGAAAAAUGGCGAAACUAUCGAAUACGCAUGGGCUGGUUUUAACACAGGUUGGGAUAUGGGAGGUGUUACGACGGUGGCUAAACUUAACACUGGUGAUGACGUGUGGGUAGAGGGAAGAGGAACUAUUGAUGGUGCAAAUUCUCACGAUGGGAUUGGUGUUCUAAAACACACUGGCUUCGCGGGAGCGUUAAUAAAUGCACUGUAAUUCGCUGUUGUACUUUUCGUUUUCCAGACAGCAUUAAUUUGAUGAUUGUAACGACAAACCAUAAGUGGAAAAAAGUCUUUAG